AGCGGACCCCUCUGCACCAGAACAGCUCCGCCCCUCUCUCGUUCUCUCAACUCCAUGGCUACUGCGGAGCUAGACUACUCACGUGCUUCUCGCCGGCACGAUAACCACCACACGACGGAUGACGACGAGGAUUACAGCGUCACAGACAGCAUGGACGACGCGGAGGAGGAGACCGAUGAAGAAGAGGAGACCAACGGAACAGACGACAGCGACAAGGCGGCCGGGUGGUGCUGGAGGAGGAAAGGCGUGACCGGAGGUUGCGGUUAUGGCGGGAAGGUGUUGGACCCGAGGGCCAAGUGGAUUCGAGAAUGGAACAGGGUGUUCCUGCUGGUGUGCGCGAUGGGUUUGUUCGUGGACCCACUCUUCUUCUACGCCCUAUCCGUGAGCGAGACGUGCAUGUGCCUGUUCGUCGACGGGUGGUUCGCCGUCACCGUCACGGCGCUCCGCUGCAUGACGGAUGCCCUGCACCUCUGGAACAUGUGGCUGCAGUUCAAAAUGGGGAAGCGCCACUUCGGAAGCGGCUUGGCCGUGAGCACUAGCCGUCGCCUGGUGGCUCUUGGCUAUCUCAAGGUCAAGACAGGCUUCUUCUUCGACCUCUUCGUCAUCCUCCCUCUACCGCAGAUUGUACUGUGGGUGACAAUCCCGUAUCUGUUGGAGAAAGGGUCAGUGACAUUGGUGAUGACGGUGUUCUUAAUAAUGUUUCUGUUUCAAUAUCUUCCAAAGAUAUAUCACUCUGUUUGCCUCUUGCGACGCUUGCAAAACCUUUCUGGCUACAUUUUUGGCACUGUUUGGUGGGGAAUUGCCCUUAACAUGAUCGCCUAUUUCGUGGCCUCCCAUGCAGCAGGGGCAUGCUGGUACUUGCUAGGGAUUCAGAGGGCAUCCAAGUGUCUAAAAGAGCAGUGUGGGAAAACAAGUGGGUGUGGAUUAAGAAUACUGUCUUGUAAGGAACCAAUAUAUUAUGGGACAAGUGGGAUGGUGAGGGAUAGGGCGAGACUCUCGUGGGCAGCAAACAGGCAAGCCAGGUCGACCUGCUUGGAUACCUCUGACAACUACGACUAUGGAGCUUAUAAAUGGACCGUUCAGCUUGUCACCAACGAUAGCCGACUCGAAAAGAUCCUCUUUCCCAUCUUUUGGGGCCUCAUGACUCUCAGCACUUUCGGGAACCUAGAGAGCACAACAGAAUGGCUAGAAGUGGUUUUCAACAUCAUUGUUUUGACCAGUGGCCUUAUUCUCGUCACCAUGUUGAUUGGGAACAUCAAGGUGUUUCUGCAUGCGACCACAUCAAAGAAGCAAGCGAUGCAGCUGAAGAUGAGGAACAUAGAAUGGUGGAUGAGGAAGAGGCACCUUCCUCCUGGGUUCCGGCAGCGCGUGCGUAACUACGAGCGGCAGCGAUGGGCGGCGACGCGCGGAGUCGACGAAUUCGAGAUGAUCAGAAACCUGCCGGAGGGCCUCCGAAGGGACAUCAAGUACCAUCUCUGCUUGGACCUGGUCCGACAGGUUCCAUUAUUUCAGCACAUGGAUGAACUGGUGCUGGAGAACAUCUGCGACCGCGUGAAGUCGCUCAUAUUCACAAAGGGAGAAACAAUAACCAGAGAGGGAGAUCCGGUUCAGAGAAUGCUGUUCGUAGUGAGGGGUCACCUUCAGAGCAGUCAGGUUCUGAGGGACGGCGUGAAAAGUUACUGCAUGUUAGGCCCAGGGAACUUCAGCGGCGACGAGCUCCUCUCGUGGUGUCUGAGGAGGCCGUUCAUAGAGCGGCUGCCGCCGUCGUCGUCGACCCUCAUCACCCUGGAGACGACGGAGGCGUUUGGGCUCGAAGCGGAGGACGUCAAGUACGUGACGCAGCACUUCAGGUACACGUUCAUGAACGAGAAGGUGAAGAGGAGCGCCAGGUAUUACUCGCCGGGAUGGAGAACUUGGGCGGCCGUCGCCAUUCAGCUGGCGUGGCGGAGGCACAGGCAUCGUUUGACGUUGGCGUCGUUGUCGUUCAUAAGGCCCCGGAGGCCAGUGUCUCGAUGCUCUUCCCUCGGGGAGGACAGACUUCGCCUGUACACUGCCCUCUUGACCUCACCAAAGCCUAAUCAGGAUGACUUUGACUCUUGAAUUCUUCAUCUCCAUUCUCCUCUUAUCAAAGAGUAUAUGGACGGAUCCAUGUUUUUUUUCUUCUUUUUAGAUGAAAAGGAUGUCCAUCGUGUUCUACCAAUCCAAGUUCUAUACUCUAAACAAUAAUUUUUUUUUUAAAAAAAAGCCCUCACAUAUGUACUAUGAAUGGUCCUAAAUGACAGAGUAAAACAAGAAGAAAAUUUUCAAUAAUAGUCUCCCUCCAAAUUGUAGUCA